AUGGCAUCGUCUUCAAAUUCCCCAUGCGCGGCGUGCAAGUUUCUCCGGCGGAAAUGCCAACCGGAGUGCGUGUUCGCGCCAUAUUUCCCACCGGACCAACCGCAAAAAUUCGCCAACGUCCACAAGGUUUUCGGCGCCAGCAACGUCACCAAGCUACUCAACGAGCUACACCCUUCACAGCGCGAAGAUGCCGUCAAUUCACUCGCCUACGAGGCUGACAUGCGCCUCCGUGACCCGGUCUACGGCUGCGUUGGUGUUAUCUCUCUUCUCCAGCAUCAGCUCCGCCAACUCCAGAUGGACCUCAGCUGCGCCAAGUCCGAGCUCUCCAAGUACCAAAACCUCGGGAUCACUAGCCACGCUGGACUCAUUGCUGCAGCCGCAGCCGCUUCCCACAACCACCACCAGAACAUUGGCGGCGGUGCAGUCAGAGAUCACCAUUAUCAUCAUCAGUUCUUCCCGAGGGAUCACCACCACCAUCAGCAACAGAUGCUGAGAACGACCUUUGAGGCUGCCGGUGGAUAUGAUGGCGCCAGCCUUUUAGCUAUCGGACAACUCAGCCAGUUCCAGCCAUCCAGGGCUGCUGCAGGAGACGACCGCCGCACAAUUGAUCCAUCUUAGGGUU